AUGUCGUCUGCCCUGUACUUCCUCGCUAUCUCUUGCGGUAUUUCCAUUUGCCGGGUCCUCAUGCAGAUUUCGUCACAUUCAGAUCGAAAUCUUGACCAUAUGUCAAACCUAAACCACACCUUCAUCUACAACAACAAGACUCUCGUGACAUUCUCUCCUGAGUUUCCCAUGGAUGUCCUGAGCAUGUCGGAAUUUUCAGAUUUCAAGCGUGGGGUACUUCACUCUGUUCUCAUUGGAAUUACCGCCGUUACAGCUAUAGCAAACACCACCCUGGCCGUAGCAGUCUCUCGCAAGAUUCGCCUUUACGACUCAAAAACUAACACUCUCGUUCUAGUCCCUGAGCCCGGCAAGAUCUACGCUGAGGUACUGAAUAAUAACAUCUGGGUCCUCUUAGGCUUGCAGAUAUGUUUGAUGUUCAGCUCGUCAGCGUUCCGUUCGAAGCGCUGCAAGGAGGCUGGAACGGAUAAAAAAUGUGACAGAAUGGGCUAUGCCUUUAUAUGCUUCUCAGUCAUUUUCAUCGCCAUGAUCUUCCAGUGCUGGAACUUGUGGAGGUUCUCUCGGAAGUAUGCGCCUCCCAGAGAUGACGCUAUCGAACUCAACGACUAUCCUCCCCCCGCGGAUGCUACUCAAGGGUGCGGACAGGAGCAUACCGCGGCCCCCGCGCCGCCAUACGCGGCCUAUCUCCACCGACAUGUGUAG